CAACAACAAACAAAUCCUUCUCUUGAUUGUCAUUCGCCAGAUAUCAUCCCUCAGCUGGAAGUCAUUCGAUAAAAGAGAAUGUCUACAGGCGAUCAAAAGGAGAAAAAUGCAACACAGAGCGAAGAUGAGCUAUCUCUUGAAGUCAAAAAACAUAGUGCAUUCUGGCUCAGGCAUCUACGUAUGCUUCCUACACCAUACAUCUCUGGCGAUCUGCAAAGAAUGACUUUGGGCUACUUCUGUAUCGGUGCUCUGGAUCUACUCAACCUACUCGAAGUAAAAGUUGAUGUACAAGAACGAAAAGAAUAUAUCGAUUGGAUAUACGACCAACAGCUAGAUCGAUCAUUCGGAGGUGGCUUUUUGCCUGGACCAUUCCUACGGCGAGAUCAAUACCAGGAUGGAAGUGCAGACUCAUCUCUACCUAGCGGCAGUCGUCCGAGCGGAAACCUGGCCAUGACCUAUACCGCUCUAUUGAAUUUAGCAAUGUUGGGUGAUGAUUUCGUUCGAUUAGACCGGGAAGCAAUACUCUUACAUCUACAUUCACUUCAACAGCCAGACGGAAGUUUUGCGCCAAGUCUCGGACAAGAUGAAUGUGAUUGUAGAUUUGUUUAUUGCGCAUUUGCAGUUUGUUCGAUGUUAAACGCUUGGGAUUCGAUCGACGUUGAAGCUGCUAUUGGAUUUUUGCAUUCAAGCAGAAGCUACGAUGGUGCAUUUGCUCAAGGUCCAGGUCAAGAAUCUCAAGGAGGAUCAACUUAUUGUGCAGUGGCCGCUUUGUCCCUGGCAGACAAGCUUGACACAAUCCAAAACUCUGAACAGCUUAUCUCCUGGCUCACAGCUCGGCAACAGCAAAAGCAAGGUGGAUUCAAUGGAAGGAUAGAAAAGGAUGAGGAUGCAUGUUAUUCGUUUUGGUGUGGUGCCAGUUUGGAAAUUCUAGGCUCACACAAUCUUAUAGACUCAAAAGCAGAUACCGAUUGGCUUCUUUCCUGUCAAACAAAAGUUGGCGGAAUUGCAAAAGUGCCAGAUGAGAUUCCAGACGUUAUGCAUUCUUACUUGUCUCUGGCUGCUUUGGCCAUGCAUGCCUAUGAAGAGGAAUGCGAGAGCUCAGGAACAAGGUUGAAACCUUUCCUAAGAGAGCUUGACCCAACGCUGAACAUCAGCAAGCACUCAUUGGAGAGGAUGAGACAGAAGCUGACCUGAAGCUAGAUGAAAGAAGCAAUUAUUGCACAUUUGUACUUUACCCAUAACAAUAUACCAAAAUGAA